GGCCGCCGGAAGGUGUUCUCAAUUUGUCGAGCGAAAUGAGAUUGUCGCCGCUUUCAGUAUUAGAAUUCACAGGCUCAACAAAAAACAAGUUUUGAUGUGCAGAGAGUUCAGUAAUACGGGUACGAUUACGCAAACCAGUGGUGUAUAAGAAAUUAAAUAAAUCUCAAAAGAGACUACCAAAAUGUUCACAAAGUGUUCGACUAUGCUUAUUUGCUUUCAACUUACAAUUACUACAUACGCUGCCGGAUUUAACUAUGCGAGAGAAAAGCGGUCACCGCAGGAAACCUGGUCGGUCACCCAACUGCAAUUCCAAAAGACCGAUGGCAAUACGAAUCAACCACUUGUCUUUUGGCAGCCUGAAAAUGUAACAACCCAAGGAUACGUUGCAAAACUUCUAGAUUUUACUCAACAACAAGAAAAUACUAAAUUAUUGCAGAAUUUCAAUAAUAACGCACCAGUACCAAAUUAUACGGAGGGAACUUCAUCGUAUCCCGAGAGCAACCCGCCGAAUCAGCAAGAUAAAGGUAACCAAGAUGAUAGGCGCUCAGCGGGAGAACAUUGGGAUUACAACCAAAACAAUACAAAUUCGCUCUAUGACGGAGAGUCGGCUCAUCAGGGCGAACCACCGCCUUCACUGUGGGGUCCACCACAUUACCGACCCUGGGGUUCACCUGCAUACGGGUUCUGGGGUCCACCACCUUACCGACAUUGGGGUCCACCACCUUACCGACACUGGGGUCCACCACCUUACGGACGCUGGGGUCCACCACCUUACGGACGCUGGGGUCCACCACCUUACGGACGCUGGGGUCCACCACCUUACGGACGCUGGGGUCCACCACCUUACGGCCGGUGGGGUCCACCCUCAUCGCAUCAUGACUGGGGUCCAUCACCACCUCAUCGUGACUGGGGUCCACCCCCACCCCACCAUGGGUGGGUCCCACCUCCACCUCACCACGGCUGGGGUGCAUUGCCACCUCAACGGAACCCCAGUUCACCAUCUUAUAAUGAAGGUCCUUCACCUGACCAAAGACCACAACCUGAUGACAAUCAUCAACCAACAAAACCACCUUAUGAUAGUAAUCAAAUACAUAAUCGAUUACUUGAACAAUCUGGUGAAAAUUCAAAUUACGACAACCAUGACGAUUCAGGCAAGACGGCACCAUUAAAUGACGAUGGACACAAAAAUCGUCCAGGACACGGAGUGCCUCUACUAAAUGAUGAAAUAAUAUCAGAAUACCGACCUCAACGCACAACGCAAACUUUAUCACAUUUAUUUCAAGCCAUGCCGGUCAGACCAGAAAGUUAAUAUCUUAACUUAUACGAAUAAAAUAUAUACCUGUGAUACCUGUAACAAAAAUUUUUCUUUGUCGAUACC